AGGAAAGAGAUAGAGAUAAAAGACAUUUGAACACAAAGGUUAUGUAAAUCUAAUAAUGUGCAUCAUAAAACAAGCAAUAUAUUACACAACCGCUAACUUCCCGUAAACUGAACAGUGUGAAAACAAAUCGGAAUCAAACUGAGAAAUUCGAUGAAACAUUCUCUUUUCUAGUUCUUAUCUUUAAUCUGCUUGUCCGUGGAGAAGGACAGGAACGCUAACAGCUGAGCUUAAUGUCGACCAGCCUGAAGUGUGAUCUGGACAUUUCAGUUAUUUUAGUUGGACAUUUUAUAUUAAAACAAAUCCAUAAAGUUCAGUAAAUAUUCCAGAGCCGUGAUGCAGAAAAGAAUUUAGUCACUACUGAGCUCUGAUUCCCUUCUCUAACCCGCGGGACAAGACGAACCAUCAGAUCCUGGCGCUUCCUCCUCAGGGCCUACACGAACACUUUCUUUAUUAUUCAGAAUAACAGCAGCUUAAAACAGCUGCAACAUUUCCAAACUGAUUUGUAUAUUAUUUAUUUUCUCUCUUUUGCUAAAAGAGCUGUGAGCUGAACUGCAUGUGUAAAGAAAUGCUAUAAAGUAAUGACACCUUUCUCAGGAGAGGAGAGAACGGACAGCACUGAUCAGUGAAGGAGAGGAAAUGUUUCAGGCUGCAGCGCUCUCUGGGGGUCAGAAAACUACUGUGCUGCAGCCAAAGGCACUAUUUCAGCUCAAGCUAUUAUUAUUCUACAAAAUAUUUUACAUUUAAUGAAGAACUUGUACCAAAGGACAUGUCUUAAUGGACACACCACCUUUUCAGCUCAUGUAAGUGCAUUCCUAUUAUGAGAGGAACAGAUAAUUUAGUUAUUAAUUAUUUUGUGUGCACGACUCAAGAUUAAUAAAAUAUUUCAUGUCAGGCCUCUACAUGUAGAGUUUAUGGAACUACAGAGCAUUUUCCCCAGGGCUUUAGCCUGAUAACAUCUUUAGACGUGUGUGUGUGUGUGUGUGUGUGUGUGUGUGAUCAUGAGGAGAUGGAGACGCUGAUAGAGAUUAUAAAGCACGUCUGUAAGUCACUCUGCCCAAAUGCUGUGAAUAGAAUUAUUAAUAACUACAAUAAUAGCAAAUUAUUUAUUAAUUUGUUUAAUUAUUAGGAUUUUUCCCCAUCUUUUUCAGUUUUCAACAAUAAAGCUUCUUCAGUUAUUCAUCUCUGGGAACGCAUAAACCUUCAGUUAAACUGAAUUUUAUUUAUAUCACACUUUAAACAAUAGACAAGGUCACAAAGCAGAUGUACAGAAAUCAGACUGUAGACUGAGAUCUCUAAUUAAAUAUUACUGUACACACUUAAAUAAUAAUAAUGUGCUCAAUAUUUAAAUAGUUGGAUUAUGUUCAUUGGAAAACUGUACUGAGGGGGUCCACAGAUGAUGAUGAGUUCCUGACUGCAAAAAGUUGGAGAAGAUCAUAAUAAUAAAGAUCAUAACACUCAGUGCAGGUGAAAGUGAUGCAUGAAACAAGCUGAAUGAGAAAUAGUUCCUUCUCUCUAGAGUCUAUAAUAUAUAGUUCAUAAUAAAUUGAAGUCCAAGCUGAAAUGAAAAUGAAUAUAUUGAAAUUAUAUAUUAUAGGCCCAUAAAUAAAUUAUUAUUUACACAGUAAGAGUUAGGAACUAAGUGACCGACGGGUUGGUUCCACCCGGACUGUAUAUAUUGUGGCACCGACUGCGAUACUUUGACCUAUAAUUUUCACCAUCGCUUUUUUCUGUUUAUUUUAGGGAAAAAGUUAAUAAAGUAAAAGUUUUUGUAAGUAUGUAUGUGAGAAUGAAGCAUCUGAUCCGCGGUGCCCGAGUGUGUGUGCUGACUCGGUGCUCAGUGCGCAUGUCUCCGAGUGUGUGUGAAUAUCAUUAUAAUUCACAGAGUUCAUGCAGCAGCUCCCAGAUCAGCUGUGGGAAGAGAUCCUGCAGCUCAGGGGUGCGCGUGGGCUGCGCCUCGGGCUUCUGGGGAGAUACUGCUGCAUCAGGUGUUUAAUUCCUCAUAUACCACUUUCAGUAGCUCUGUGCGCUUGAGCCCCGCGGUGGCCUGGAGUGCAGAGAGCUCACCACUGGAGUGUCUGAUGAACAGAGCGAGGUUCAGCAGCAGUGGUGAAAGUGCUGCAGACUGACAUUAAAGUUCCCCUGAAACUGGAUCUUUCAUUUCACGCAGCUGAUCUCGUGCCUAAUCCUCAGAUUCCUGAGCCAGGUCCUGGAGGAACCCCGUCUAUGUCCUGCACAGUUUAGAGUUCUCUUGCUCUAAAAGACACACACACACACACACACACACACACACACUUCAGCUCAUGAUUGUUGGUUAAUUAGCUGAUUAAUUGGAGCAUGUGCUUUUUUAUGUACUCAUUAUUUGUCUCAUGUUAAAUCAGUUCAGUGUGUGUGUACACCUCUAAUGACUGAAGACUGUAAGGUCUGUCAGAAGUACCGAUUUAUAAACAAAACCCAUUUCUGGUACUACUUUAGAAUAUCUGCAGUGAUAUAAAGGAGUGCUUAAACCUUCUCUCUUCACAUGAUGACCUUGUAAGGAUGAAAAACAUCUGUAUUAGCCAUAAAGGGUAAUAAAACAAGACAUACUAUACUGUUUAUUAUGUAAGUUUAACGUUAUUCCUCUUCAUGCUCCUCUGCAGUUCCUCAGCUUAUACAUGGUGGGAAGCUGGACUUUCUUGUGUUUGAUUAUCUGUCGGAAAUUACCAUGUCCCUCCUCACGGCUGCUAAAGCUAAGACUCCUAAUAUGGGAUACGCGCCUGAUUUCGUUCUUGCUGCCAUUUCUCCAUAUAUCAAAGAAAUCGGCCAAAAAGGUAUUCGUGUGGUUAGUAACGCUGGUGGUGUGAAUCCUCUCGCAUGUGCAGCUGCUAUACAGGAAGUAGUGCAGAAAGCUGGGCUCAGUUUGAAGGUUGCCGUGGUAACCGGUGAUGAUCUAAUGCCUCAGAAAGACUCUCUGAAUAUGUUGAAGAUGGCUGAUACACAAGAAAACAAACCACUUCCCAAAACCGUAAACAGUAUGAACGCAUAUCUGGGUGCGGUCCCCAUAAAGCGCUGUUUGGAUCUGGGGGCUGAUAUCGUCGUUACUGGCCGGUGUGUUGACAGUGCGCUGGUGCUUGGACCCCUGAUGCAUUCAUUUGGCUGGGAUCAGAAUAACUUUGACCUCUUGGCUGCUGGAAGCCUCGCAGGUCACCUGAUAGAGUGUGGAGCCCAAGUGACCGGUGGCAUUUUCACUGACUGGCACAUGGUUCCUGACUGGGAUAACAUGGGCUUCCCAGUGAUCGAAUGUUCCUCUGAUGGCUCCUUCACUUUGUCCAAACCUCCCAGAACUGGUGGUCUGGUGUCAUUCGGUACAGCAGCAGAACAGUUAGUGUAUGAAAUAGGAGAUCCACGUCAUUACCUCCUGCCUGACGUCACGUGUGACUUCUCACACGUCACCAUUACUGAGAUUCCAGGUGUUGAAGGAGGAGCAGUGCGAGUGGGUGGAGCCAGAGGAUCACCACCAUCAGGUGACUACAAGGUCUGUGCCACAUAUAUGGAUGGUUUCAGAGCGACAGCGGUUUGUCCUGUAGCCGGCCCUCGAGCUGCACAAAAAGCCAGAAAGACCGCAGAGAGCAUUAUCAAAAGGACCAGGCGAAUGUUCAGACAGCUGGGAGUGGAGGAUUACAGUGAUGUGAAUAUUCAGGUUCUGGGUGCUGAGGAUACGUACGGACCUCACGCACUCAACACCGUGAAUCCUACUCAAAUAUAUUUGGUGCAGGAUCUUCGGGAAGCGGUGCUGUGGAUGGCUGUCCAUCACAGGCAGAAGAAAGCUCUUGAGCUUUUCUCCAGGGAAGUGGCUCCAGCAGGAACUGGCAUGGCUCCUGGACUCACAGGAAUCGUGGGAGGCAGACCUCGAGUGUCUCCUGUGCUGAAGCCUUUCUUCUUCCUGCAUCCUAAAGCAGACCUGAAGGUGAACAUCCAUCUUAAUGGAGAGUUGAUAGAGACGUACAGAGAGACGGAGUGUUCUUCACCUGAAGGACUUUACACAUCCUCUCACCUCCCAGAGCAAAAUCUUUACAUUCCUACAGACUUGCCCAGCGGUCCUUGCAGCUACAGACUGGAAGACUUGGCUUAUACACGAAGUGGAGAUAAAGGAGACUCUGCAAAUAUUGGAGUUAUAGCAAGACAUCCACUUUACUUUCCGUACCUGAAGAAGUUUUUGACUGCUGAAGUGGUGGAGAAAUUCUUUCAGCACCUGAUUAAGAAGGAAGACGGCGAUCUGCCCUCAGUGAGCCGGUUCGAGUUGCCUGGUGUUUGUGGUUUAAACUUCCUGAUCCGCAAUUCACUUGGAGGAGGAGGUGUGGCAUCUUUAAGAAGUGACCCUCAGGGAAAAGCUUAUGGCCAGAUGUUGCUGGACUACAGACUGACGGGUCUACCUGAGCUCACCUCGCUGGUAGACUGAAGAACGAUGAUAAUCUGAGGCAAUAAAACACAAAAACUUCAUAGUGACUCACAGUGUGAACAACACACAGACUGAGAGCUGAACUGAAGCAGCAUGAGCUAAUCGUUUUCUUAUCCAUAUUAUCGAAGUGUGCAUGGAGCUUAAACAACUCUUAUUACAAUGCUAAUAGAAUUAUUCUUCAACAUUAAGCAUUUCACAUUAAACUCCACUCUGAAUCACAUUAAAUGUUUUCAUAUUGAA